UGCAGAUGAUAUUGACCUAGUUGCCCGCAACACACGCAAACUAGAAGAAAUGUAUACCACCUUAUCGAAUGCCUCAAAAAAUAUGGGCCUGCAAGAAAAUGAGAAGAAAACUAAGAUAAUGGCAUCAACACCCAACAAUAGAGCCCGAAACAUCGGCCAUCAAUUCACUGUUGAUAACUCUACCUUUAAAGUGGUGGACAAAUUCACAUACUUAGGCUCCCUGAUCAUCAAGGAGAACGUCAUGACGGAAGAAAUCAAGCAAAGAAUAAUCCUAGCAAACAAAUGCUAUUUUGGAUUGAGUAGACACAUGAGAAGCAGAAACUUAAGCCAAAAAACAAAAAUAACCAUAUACAAAACCCUUAUACAACCAGUGUUGAUAUAUGGAUCGGAGACAUGGACCAUCUCCAAAGCAGAUGAAAACCUCCUGCUUAUAUUUGAACGAAGGAGCCUGAGAAGAAUAUUCGGUGGCAUCUGUGAAAAAGGUAUUUGGAGAAGGAGGUACAAGUACGAGAUAUAUCACCGAUAUAAAUAUACAUUUGGUGGUAAAGACGUAGUAUCUCUUAUAAAAAUAGGAAGACUAAGAUGGGCAGGACAUCUGGCAAGAUCACAGCAGAACAACCCACCUAGAAGAAUCCUUAUGUCACAACCUGUGGAAAGUAGAAGUAGGGGUAGGCCAAAACUCAGAUGGAGGGAUGGUGUAGAUGAAGAUGGUAAAAAAAUAGGCGCAGCAAACUGGCAACAAUUGGCAAUGGAUAGAACUGACUGGCAUAAUAUACUUGGGAAGGUCGAGGCUCUUUUAUAGGGCUGUAUCACCAAUGAUGACGAUACU